UUCACACGACGCGGGCUCCCCGUGCCAAAGAGAGACAACCAAUCGUGUGUUUGUGAGUGUGUGAGUUCUGUGUGGCAGAGUUCAUCAAAGAUUCAACAGCCUGCCCAACAACAACAACAAAAAUAGUUGAAUAAAUAAAUGGCAAAGCCAAAAAAAAGUGAAGAAAUUUAAUAAAAAUGAUAAAUAAAUAGCCAAAAAGGAGGAUACGCAUCAAACGAGGCAGCAACAAGAAGUUGCCAGUUGCCGUGCUGCAGCCCGUUGCCGGUAAGCGCCACUUACGAAGCCAUCGGCGGGUGACACACAAAAGGGAAGCUCCAUUGAAAAGGCAAUUGACGAAAAAAAAGUACAAAAAGAAGAGGAGGAGCAGCAGCAGAACACAGGCAGCCGUGGAGGAGAUGCGGCGCUGCCAACGGUGACACCAAACCCCUCAGCCCCAGCCAGAUGACGGGUGGCAGCAGCAGCAGCAGAAGCAGGAGGCACGGCUCGAGGACAAACCGAUCAACGUGUCAACGAGAACGUCAACGUCAACGCGUCGAGGAGGAUGCAAAUAGUCGCAAACAAGUGGCAGAGCAACAACAGCAAACAGAGAGAGCGCCCAACCAUUGAGGAGAGGCAAAGAGUCGCCCAUCCGCAUCAUGGCAGACGCGGAGGAUAGCAACAGUGGCGCCAGCGGGCAUGGGGGCCAGGAGUCGCUGCGACUCUUAACCAAAAUCGACAAGGCCGUCUCCACGAAUGACAUCCUGCUGGAUCUGCAGCGUGCCCUCACCUACGAGGCGGUCUUCAGCACCUUGGUGGAGCACAAGAUGCAGGCCCUGAAGCGUGACUACGAGGAGCACAAGCGUGCCAAGCGGGCCAAGAAACGCAAGUCCAUUGGUCGCAUCUUUCUGCCCCGCAAACUCUUUGGCGGCGGAAGACGGGGCAGCCGGGAGGAGGAAUCAGCACCCGCGGAGCAGCCAGCUGCAGCAGCCACAACCACAACCAAAGCAAAAACAAAACCCAAAGGCAAAGGCAAGCCGCAGGAUGACAUCGAAGUGGCUUCGGGUUCGGUGAACGCGUCGCUGCCCUGCCUCGGGAAGAGCGCGGAGCCGCUGGAGGAUAGCCUGGCCAGCAACUCGCUGAGCACCUCAUCUGCCGCGGGGCCAGGCCAGGCCCAAGCCAGGCACAGCCACAGCCUGCUGGUCCACGCCCAAACCCACACGCACACCCCAGCCAAGGUGGAGCCCCCGCCACGGCGCUCCGGCAGCUCCGAGGACGAGGAGGAACAGGACAGACGACGGGCUCUGCGCUCGGCCAAACAUUCCACAACGACCAACGGCGAGUCGGAACUACUGCCGCCGGUGGGUGCCGGCUAUGAUAAUACCUCGACGACUGCCACAGCAACUGCCACGGUGAUAACUGCGGAGCGUGGCGGCGUGCUGCACAGCUCCACGCUGGCGGAUGACAGUCUGACCGCCUCGCUGCGCGGCAGCAUCGAGAGCCUCUCCUACUCCAGCUCCCGCUGCACCGUCAGCUUUGGCGGUGCCGAAAUCAUUGCCGAUGCGGACACGCGGGAGCGCCUGCGACUGGCCAAGCGGCUGCGCAUCCUGGAGGCCAAGUCGAUCAGUGCCCAAUGCAGUCCGAUCUUUCCGCGGCAUGUGGUGCGCUCCUUUCCGCUGCCAGCACCACAACAAGCGCGCCUGCACAUCAAUGUUCCCUCCAGUCUGGCCAUGCAACCUGCGCCCCCGCCGCCGCCCCAUGUGGCCGUGGAGAUUGAACCCGCACCCGCUCCGGCACCCGUGCUGCUGCCACAACGCAAGCGGCUGCUGCCCAAGCAAAUCUCCUGCACGGACAGCGCUGGGCUGGCGGCCAGCGACUUCGAGGGAGCGGCCUACGCGCGCUACUUCUCCCGCCAAAACACCUCGGAGGACAGCGCCAAUGUGACUGUCAGCACGGUGCUGGCCCAGAGCGACUCACAGUCGCUGCACGCCACGCCCAGCUACGCGAAUACGCCCACAUCGGCGGCAGGCAGGGAGCAGGAGCGGCUGAAGUCGCGCAGCACCGGACUGCUGAAUGUGCGGCCAGCAGUGGCCACAGGCGCGGUGAUCAUUCCUAUGGAGAACGGCGGAGUCAGGGCAAGGCCUGCCCCGGUGCUGGCACAGGAGAAGCUGCACCGAAUGACGUCCACUUCGACGGGCUCCAGUGUGGCGCCCACGGGCUGCUGCAGUGCGGCCAAGACGGCAAAAGAGAAGCACGCACAGAGUCAGAGUCAAGGACAGGGACAGGCACAGGGCUACAAAGCCGCGCUGCCCUCAGCCGCUACGACUGCGAUGGCAGCUCAGAGCACGGGCAGCGAUGACGAGUACCGACGACGGAAGCGGAAGUACAAGCGCCAUCACCGCUGCUCGGACCCAGCGCUGGUCUACCCCACGCCCAGUGGCCUACAGCAAUAUGUGCACGUGCUCGGCCUCGCACCCGGCUCGCAGUCCAUACAAUGCCCCUACGGCGCGGACUCACCCUGCGACCUGCAGCUGGACAUGGAGCUGGAUCUGGACACUGAUGCUGAUAAAAUCGACGACCUUGAGCAGAUGGUGCCCGGCGGUCAUCAGCGACAUCGGCGCAAGCAUCGGCAUCGCCACAAAAAGCGUCAUCGGCACAAAAAACCCAAAAUACUUGUACAGGACUUGGACACGGAGGUUAUUAAGGUAAUUGAUCCACACGAUUUAUCGAAGCGCGCACGUUGGACCAUCAUUGCCACCGCUUGUUUGCUGCUGCUCAUGUGCCUCAUGCUGAUUGGUGUAACGUUGCGCAUGGCACCGAUCAUCGAUGAUAUGGUCCGACAGGAGAACGAGCGAAGCAUCAGGGAGAACAUGGAGCGCACGCGAAUGAUGAAGAAUCGCACGGAGCUGAACCUGGCGCGGCAACAUCUGAUGGAAAUGCACAUGCACGUUCCAUAACAGCAGGCAAGGAGCAACAGGAGCAGUACCCAAUCAGCGGCAGGAAGGAAGUGACAAGCGAGUAGGGCCAGAUACCGCGACCAAGACAAGGCAACAAGUCUGUGACAAGGCCAACCGGGGGGAAGUACCAAGCGCUCUUCCUUCCGCUGCAGCUCUCUGCUCCUUCGCUAUCUUCCAUUGACCCUCCACACAAAUGUUAUGCGCACAAAGGUAAAAUAAUAAUAAUAAUAACAACAAACGAAUCAAAGGAAUAGAAAUGGAACAGAAGGGCAGCAGCAGCAGCAGCAGCAGCGGCAGUGCUCCCCGACCUGCCACUUGUUUUUGUAUCUUAAAUGUGCGAAAUGGAAGCGCGAUUUAAACCAGAAGUAAAUGUUAAAGCGUAAAGUAAAACCAAAAGUGAUCCAGUCUAGUGCUAAGUACGAGUCAAUAGUCAAAACAAAUGUUGUUAAUAGAGUUUGAGAUCGAUGGCUAAGUGCAGUCCGAACUGGUUGGAAUGCUCAACGAAACUUGCUCACAAAUGAUUUAAACCUGAAUAUUUUGAUUAGUUUUUUAAUUAGUUAUUCCCAGAGCUGACCAGAACGGACUGUUGUCUUGUGUGUAAUUGUUGUGCUGGAUCUGUCGACGCCAAAUUUCUCUGCGAGCAAAGGUUUCGAUUUCGAUUUCGAUUGGUUUCCAAAUGUCUUUUAUUUUUCCUUUAGCUUAGCUUUUACCCAUUUGGUUACUUGGCGUCGAUUGAGGACUAACAGUUGGUCAAUAGUUAUGUGUGUUUCGAAACUAAGUUGUUAACUGAAUAAAAAGUAGUCCUAAGUAAAUGUUAAAGAACGUAAAAGCAAAGCAAAAAGUAAAUGCCAAUGAAACGAAAAGUUUUUGUAACAGAAAACGGAACUAGGAACAGGCAAAAUAGAGGCAAAAAGAGCGAAACAUUUCGUAUAAAUAACAAUAAUAAUACUAUGCAUAACUGAAGCAGAAGAACGGAGAGAUUCAACGCGCAAUGAAUUGUUGUAUAGCCGUAAAUAAAAACCAAAACUAAAACUAAACACAAAUAAUUAGCUGAUGAGUAAAUAAAUGUUAGGAAAUUUAGCGGAUUGAUGUGAAAAAAGAAGAACAAAACUGUUACUUAAGUGCAAAACGAGCUUGUUGUCGAAUUAAUUUUAAAGAUGUUUAUUACAUUAAGUGACAAAAACUAAGCGUAAAGGUUUAAAUGUGUUUUUUAGGUGUUCAACUGUUGCAAACUAAUUUUGUGGCCCAAGGGGCGGCAGAAGCAUUUCGGAUCGCUGUGUAUCAUACGAGUAUAAAUACAUACAUUAACUACAUAUACAUACAUGCAUAGUACAUGUGUAUGUAUGUGUAUUACUAUAUUUAAUUUCAUGUUUUCCUAUGCUAACUCAGUUGCAGGUUUAACGAAAAUGUUUAGCUUGAAGCAUAAUUAUAUCGGUUUCAGCAUUGGCGGCUUUGCAAAGAUUGUGAAUUUGUAUCCAGCCCCCGCUCCUACACCCCCCUCUUCACUACCGUCUCCCAUUGAGUGUUUUUCCAGGCGGCAAACAUUUGCCAAACGAUUUUGUGUCCGGGCACAGUCAAUUAAUUGAAAUUAAACAGCUGCAGAAAACACUGACUGGCUGUCUCGUCCCUGGGCUUCACAUAUGUACAUAAAAACAUACAUAAAUACAUACGAGUAUAUACGAGUAGAUAUACAUAGGCAGAAAUUGGAGUUUCAGUGUGGGGUUGGGGCAGAGGUUUGUUGAAGACAAAGCUUUAAAUUAGCUAAAUAAAUUGCAGAAGUAAACAUUGAAAUUGCAUUAAACCGGAUCCGGUGUUGAGUGCAUUACGCGACGGACAAACGGACAGAAAAACACAAGCACAGAGACACACAGACACAGAGACAGAGACACCCAGAUGCAGCUACAGCUUAACAGAUUUCGAAAAUUUGCAUUUCGGUCAAGGAAUCAAUUUCACAUUUGACCAGAGAACAAAUAUGGCCAAGACACACACACACACACUGACACAACAUAAUCUAUAGAUAAACGAGAAAAAGUACGAUACUUAGCAAAGGCAUUUAGGGGGGCAUCAAACGAAUGGGUUGGGGAACUGUGGCAGCUGGCAGCGGGAGGAUGUGUACAUACAUCGUAAGUGUUUACUUGGGGGUUUGGCAAACAACAAUUAAAAACACUAAUUUAACCGAUGCAACAAACAAAACAAAACAAAAUUAAUAAACUAACAUAAAUUGUCUGUAAUUGUGCGUAGAUGCGUAAGUGUGUAAAUUGUAAGCUGAAUUAUUAUACAAUAAAAAUACAAAAGAAUAAUGAAAACCAAAACAACGUUCAGCCGAAGCGGCACGGCAACACUGGAAAAAUACUCGUAACAUUUGUAAGCCAGAAAUAAACAGUAAAACAGACAAAACAGAAUAACGGUAAACAGUAAAAACAGUUUAAGGGCAAACUGCAAAACCCGAAUAUUAAGUACUAAAUGUACCACAAUCAAAAUUGUUUCCCCCGAAAAAUCAAACUUUUUAGCCUUUGAACGUGAGACUUUGGUGCCCAAAAAUCAAUUUUGAGCAAUUAUUUACAAUGAAAAUACGAAAGAAAACACACACACAGAAACACACACACAGACACACACCUAAUGUAAAUAGAAAAGCGGCAAACGGUUGGAAAAACAAUAAAAAAAUGGGCUUGCUGCAAACCGCAUAAAUAAAUAUUAAAUUAAUUAACAACGGAAAUCAAAAGAGACCGAGAAAAACACACACACAAACAACACACACACACACACACACACACACACACGCAGAAAAAAGGAAAAACUGAUGAAACUUCAAAACCUGAUGCAAAGGCAUCAACUUUAACUGUUAAUUGUUGCUCGAAAUAAACGUAAACGUAAAAACAAAUACAAUACAUAAAUAAUUAUAAACGAACAAAAAAUUAA